CCAUUACCUCCAGAAGAAGACAUACCGCCGAAGAAGACAAUGCCAUUGGAGAGGACGACACCGAUGGCGAGCCCUACCGAAGAACAACAGGAGAAGCUGUUGGACGACUCGCUCGGAGUCGUGAAAGUGCAGUCAUUUCAGAUGAAGUGUUGUCUCGAUAAAGGCAAACUGAUGGAAGCGCUGAAACACGCGUCAAACAUGUUGUCUGAGUUGCGGACAUCGUUGCUGUCGCCGAAGUCCUACUACGAGCUGUAUAUGUCGGUCACGGAUCAGUUGAGACAUCUGGAGAUGUAUCUGUUGGACGAGUUCCAGAGGGGCCGCAAAAUGGCCGACCUCUACGAGUUGGUCCAAUACGCCGGUAAUAUCAUUCCGCGACUGUAUUUACUGAUUACCGUCGGUUUGGUGUACAUGAAGACAACGCCCGGUUGUCGUAAAGACAUACUCAAAGACUUGGUGGAGAUGUGCAGAGGCGUUCAGCACCCGCUCAGAGGCCUGUUUUUGCGCAACUAUUUGCUACAAUCGUGUCGUAAUGUAUUGCCUGAUGUGACCGAAGACGUGAUACUAUCGUCGGGCGACGUGAAGGAGGACAGACCCGGUUGUGUUCAGGACUCGAUUGACUUUAUUCUAUUGAAUUUUGCCGAAAUGAACAAACUAUGGGUUCGUAUGCAACACAUCGGACACACCCGAGAGAAGGACAGGCGCGAGAAGGAGCGGCUCGAACUCAGGCUUCUCGUCGGCACUAAUCUGGUCCGACUCUCGCAGUUGGAAUCGGUAGACCUGGAGGUGUAUAAGAAGGUUGUAUUGCCGGGUAUUCUGGAACAAGUGGUCUCGUGCCGGGACUCGAUAGCCCAGGAAUACCUGAUGGAGUGUCUGAUCCAAGUGUUUCCCGACGAGUUUCAUUUGGCAACUCUUCAGCCGUUCCUGAGUUCGUGCGCACAGUUGACACAGAAUGUGAACGUGAAGAACAUUAUCAUCGCUUUGAUCGAUAGGCUGGCGAUGAGCAAAGACAUCGAACUGCCCGCCGAUCUGUUCGACAUCUUCGCCAAACAGAUCUCGCAGAUCAUCACAACCAGAAACGACAUCUCACUCGAAGACAUUGUACUCAUGAAGGGAUCGUUGAUUAACUUCUCGCUGAAGAAGAUUUCCGAUGUGAGUAAACGCGAAGAGAGUGUCAAUUGUGUGUUGGAUAACGCGUUGACAGUAAUUAAGGACAAGAACCAGACGAAUGUACCGCUCAGAAGCAAUUUAGGCAAAGAGUUGUUCAAAUUCUUCAAACUUCCACUCAAUUGCGGAUCAACUAAUGGCGUGACGGGUCUGUCGCCCAUCAAAAUGAGUCUAAAACUCAAAGCGUAUAAAGAUCUGUUGAAACAGACGGCGGCCUACGAUCUGCACAAAGAGGUGACACUGAGUCUAAUAAACAGCGCUUUGGAGCACAACACGGAUGUGGAAGCGGUGGCCGAAGAGGACCGACUGAGUCGGGCGGAGAUCGAGACAUUCCUGUCGGAGAUAUGCGAUCCGCUAAUCAACGGCAAGAACGGAGACAUCGGUGUUAUAGACGAGAACGACGAGGACUUUAUCGACGAGCAGUUAUUGUUGUCGCGAUUCAUACACUUCCUGUUUCUGCCGCAAGCGAUGCAAGAGAGCGAACACACCGGCAACUACUUCCUCCUACUCAAGGCGUUCCGCAAAACGCUGGCCGCCGGCGGACCCAAACGGAUCCGCUAUACCUAUCCGUCGCUGGUGUUCGAGGCGUUCAAACUGGCGCUUAGAUUCUCGGCCGAAGGCCAGAGCGCCGCCGACGGCGAAGACAAGGACGACAAGUGGGAGAAGAAGUGUCAACUGGUCUUCCAGUUCGUCAAUAAGAUGAUCGGUUCGCUUAUGAAAGAGAGUAAUUGUUGCGAACUGUGUCUCAAACUAUACCUCCAAUCGGCCCAAAACGCUGCCAAAACCGGUGUCGAGAAUCGAGAGACCAUUGCCUACGAGUUCAUCAGUCAGGCCUUCAGUAUAUACGAGGAAGAGAUCAACGAUUCCAAGUCACAGCUGUUCUGCCUUUUGCUGAUCAUAAGCACUGUUAAAGACAUUGAGUUUGAAAUUGAAGAUAAUUACAGUCCACUGAAGAGCCAGUGCUGUCUGAAUGGCGCCAAACUUGUGAAGAAAUCGGACCAAAUUCGGGCCAUUUUGGCGGCGAGUCUGCUGUACGUCAACAACAAGACCAAUGAGGUUGAGUCGGAACUAAUGAAAUGCAUUAACAAAUGCUGUAAAAUAGCGUCUAAUGUAUUGGACGUUGAGCUCCAGCUGCAGCUCUACGUCGAGAUAUUAUCCCAUUUGACACUAUUGUUGAGAUUGAAUAACAAAGACAUCGAAGAGGUUUGCAUGAAAUUAGUCGAGAAGAUUGACGAACAGAGCAAAGAGACCGCACUCUCCGAACUCAUUGAACGCCAGUAUAUCAACAAUAUAUCACUUCUUAAACAUAAAGAUAUCGUUAAAUCAAAUGAUUGA